UUCUACAGCCUCGUUGCUAAUGUUGACGACUAUCACUACUUCUUGCCCUGGUGCACCCACUCGAAAAUGUCAGAUCCUCUACCUGCUGGAUCCGAACAAGUCACCGUCGCAGGAUCAGGAGCGGGGCCAAGUUCAGGAUCCGUCACCGUGAGACAUGGUGAACUCGGGAUUGGGUUCAACUCUCUCCAGGAACGAUACGUCUCUACCGUAACAUGUCAAGAGCCAUGGGCCGUCCGCGCUGUCUCGUAUGACUCGAAACUGUUCAAAGAGCUUUCCACAACCUGGAAAUUUACGCCCAAUGCCCCAAAGAACACGACUCUGGAGGCAGCCAUGGACCAGGAUCUACAGGAGACACAUUUACUUAGACGAUUAGCAGGAGAGCCGGACGCACCGAGCGAUUACCCAUCGUGCUGGGUGGAUUUUGAGAUCCAGUUUGAGUUUGCGUCGCCGGUGCAUGCGUCCAUGUCGUCGCUGUUCUUUGACCAGGUCAGCAAGGAGAUGCUGAAGGCAUUUGUCGAUCGUGCGGAAGAAUUAUACGGA